GAAUUCCCAACAUGAAGAGUUGUGCUCAAACAGAUAAGCAGGCUCUUCUGAAGUUGAAAGCUAGUUUCAUUGAUGAUCAUGGAAUCCUUUCCUCAUGGAAAUAUGAAGUUGAUUGUUGUGAGUGGAAUGGGGUUUCUUGCAAUCCUUUGACAGGUCAUGUCACUAAGCUGCAUGUCUCAUUGAAUUAUUUAGGAUAUUUAGAAGGUAAAAUCGAUUCUUCACUAUGUGAUUUGCAACAUCUAACUCACUUGAAUCUCAACUUUAACGAUUUUGGAGGAAAUGAAAUUCCAAAAUGCAUUGGUUCUCUUAACCAACUAAGAAAGUUGAUACUUUCAGAUGCUGGUCUCGGUGGUAUUAUCCCACAUGAAUUGCAAAAUCUAUCUAAUCUUGAAACUCUAGACCUUGGGUUUAAUUAUGGUUUGAUUUCAACUGAUCUUGAGUGGAUUUCUAACGUUUCUUCUUUGAGACAUCUUGAUUUGUCAGAAGCUGAUCUAAGUAAAGUUAUCAGUUGGCAGUCAUCUUUAUUAAGAAAAGCUCCUCAAUUAAGAGAGUUGAUACUUUCAGGUGCAGAUCUUGUUGGCAUUAUUCAUCAUCAACUACAAAAUCUAUCUAAUUUGGAAACUCUUGACCUUAGUGGAAACGAUUUGAUCAUAAAUGAUCUUAAAUGGAUUUCCCAACUUCCCUUUUUGAGGCAUCUUGAUUUGUCUUACGUGAAUCUAAGUCAAGCUAUUGAUUGGCAAUCAUCAUUAUCAAAAGUUUCCUCUCUAUUUGAGCUUCGCUUAGCUGCAUGUGCUCUACCUCAAGUCAAUCCUAAAUCUCUUGUCCCCAAUAAUUAUUCCACUUCUCUCACAAGCCUUAGCCUUAGAGCUAAUUACUUUGACGCUUCAAUCUUGUAUUGGGUGACUAAUAUUAGCAAAACGUUGGUAGAAAUUGAUCUCUCUUCGAAUUCUUUCCAAUAUAUUCCUGCUGGCUCAUUUUCAAAUAUGAAAUCUCUUAAAAUUCUAGAUCUCUCGUCAACAUCCUUGCAACAUGUUGCUUCAAGCGCCUUUACAAAUACCACUUCUCUUGAACACUUGGAUCUUUCCAAAAAUAAUCUUACCAAUGAUAUAGGGGAAGCCAUCUCUCAUUUAUGUCCAUUGCGUGAGUUGCUGUUAUCCUUCAACAAUUUAUCUGGUCCAUUAAGAGAUUGGGUGCCACAGUCUUUCAAAUGGGUUCCACCUUUUCAAUUGCAAGCAUUUUAUGCAAGGUCAUGCAAUUUCAGCGUUGGCUUUCCAAUGUGGCUCAAGCAUCAAAGGAAGCUUUGGGCAUUGGACAUUUCUGAUGGCUCAAUUUCAGAUUCAAUUCCUGAAUGGAUAUGGCUAUUCCCGUAUUUGUCAUUUUUGAAUAUUUCGCAUAAUCAAAUCUAUGGAGAAUUGCCAAAGUCGUUACCAAAAUCUGGAAUUGUCUGGGAUUUUAGCUUCAACAAUUUGUCAGGUGCCAUACCGCAAUUUUCACAAGAAGUAAGAGUCUUGUUUCUCUCAAAUAAUAUGUUCUCAGGCUCCAUAUCUUCUUUAUGUGCAACAUUGCAAUCUCGAUUACAUCAUCUUGACAUGUCAAGUAAUUUGCUAUCAGGAAAGCUUCCUCACCGUUGGAGUCAAUUUCCUUACUUGGCAAUUUUGAUAUUGGCAAACAAUAAUUUCUCAGGGGCAAUACCAUCUUCGAUUGGUGCUUUGGAGUUUAUUGAAACUAUCCAUUUAAAUAACAAUAGCUUCUCUGGAAAGAUACCAUCUUUAAUGAACUCUCUAUUUUUGAACUUCAUUGAUUUUGGCCAGAAUAAUUUGUAUGGAGAGUUGCCGACAUGGAUUGGUCUUUACUUGCCAAAUUUGAUUGUUUUGCGUCUCCAAUCAAUCCAGUUUCAAGGAAAUAUACCUACAAGUUUAUGCGAGUUAUCACUUCUUCAAAUUUUAGAUCUCUCGCAAAAUAAUAUUACUGGGACAAUACCCCAUUGCCUCAAUAACUUGAAUGCUUUGUCAAAUUUAACAUUUCCAAGGGAUACCAUUUCUUAUAGUAUGGAAACUUUGGCUUUUCAACAAGGAUCAUCAUUUUUCAUUGACUAUGCAACGUUGAAUUGGAAAGGGAAAUUUGUGAAAUAUGACAAGAAUCUUGGGCUAAUGACAGCCAUUGAUCUCUCUGGUAAUCAUCUGACAGGAGAAAUUCCUAGUAGCCUAACAUCACUUGUGGCAUUGGCAUCCUUGAAUUUAUCGAGAAACAACCUGAUAGGAUUCAUUCCUAAAAACAUGGGUCAAAUGAAAAUGUUGGAAUCACUUGAUUUGUCAAGUAACUUUCUUUCUGGUGGAAUUCCAAUAAGCUUCUCGGCUUUGAAUUUUUUGAGUUUCUUGAACUUGUCUUUCAACUACUUAUCUGGAGAAAUUCCACAAACCACUCAGCUUCAGACAUUUGAUGCUUCCAGUUACAUAGGAAAUCAUGGACUUUGUGGCCAGCCACUCACAAAAGGAUGUUCAAGAAAUAGUGACACUGAUCCAAAUCGCAAGGCAAGUCUUAGUAAUGACGCAAAUGAAAAAGAUGAACUCGUAACUGUUGGAUACUACGUCACUAUGGUUUUAGGAUUUCUUGUUGGAUUUUGGGGAGUUUGUGGAAGUUUAAUCCUUAAAAGUUCAUGGAGAGCGGCUUAUUUUCAAUUCUUCACCAACAUGUGUGACUGGAUUUAUGUUCGCUUGAAUUUGAUGGUUUCUUGUUCAUAUGAUAUGACAAUUUACAUUUGGGAUUUCAUGGUUGAGGAUGCACUUGUGAGUGGAUAUGAUCAUCAUAGUGCAUUUGCCGCUGGUGUUGAUAUGAGCAUGCUUCUUGAGGGGCUUAUGAGAGUUCUGGUGCUAUAG